AUGGAUUCGGGGAAACGCGGUCCAACUCAGCCGCGCAGCCGCGGCAAUGCCGGCUCGCCUGCGCUGGAACGACCCAUGCGAUAUCCGCGCAAGAGAGCUGUCACAGCAUGCCAACUAUGCCGCGCUCGAAAGACCAAGUGCGAUAAUCAGCGUCCCAGUUGCCGGAUCUGUCUGUCGGUGGGAGUCCCAUGCCAAUAUGCCGAUCGCACAGACCACUCGUCAUUCGACCCGGCAAGCUUGGAGAUCAUUGAUCGACUCAACCGCAUCAUCGACACCCAGGAAGAUGUCUUAACAGCUGUACGAGCUACCAAUACUCGACUAUCUCAAGGGCCAAAUGCAGUCUCCAUCUCCGAGAGUCCGCUCCCAUCGCCCCACGAGCUGUUAGUGUGCGCAACCAGACCAGGCCAUGAGCUUGCAGCAGACAGCUUUGAUGUUCCCUCGUCCAAUACCAGUCCAGACAAUAUAUUGAUCUGGCCGGUAUUCGAACAAAGAUAUCCAGAAAAGUGUCUGCAGGAUGCCGUCUUUGCGUCCAGCUCGCAAACGCCUCGUAUGCAGCGCACCAAGUUUGCAUUCCAGGAAGACAAAGUGCCCGCACUGAUGGACCGCUUUUUCUACCUGGUGCAUAUCAAAAACCCCAUUGUAGAUGAAGAGAGUCUUAGGCAUGAUGCUCGAAAAGUGAUCGAAGAUGGGCUCGGCUGGGACGAAGGAUCAUGUCUUGUGCUCCUAGCAUGUGCACUGGGUACACUCGCAGUUCCAUUUCGAGAUUCUCACCAAAUGGCGAGUCUCAAUCCUGAGGACUAUCCGAUGCUUCCUAAACUCCUCGGUCCCUUGGAGUUAGAAGAGGCGGAAACAUAUUUGAUGCUCGCUCGCCGACGAAUAGGCACCUUAAGCCAGUCCGUUGCCACCGUUCAGUGCUACUUUCUCUCAGGGGUGUUUUUCAUGUACACGUUCCGGCCAUUAGACGCCUUCCAGAGCUUUCACCAGGCGUCGGUGAUGUACCAAGUCUACUCACGAUCAAAAGGGGAAUCUGUGACAAAUGAUACCGACCCAAAAACUGAACAGCGGUUAUUUUGGAGUUGUUUUAAGUCCGAAUGCGAGAUUCUAUCUGAGAUCGACCUACCCCAUUCAGGAGUUUCGCAUUUAGGUUACAUCCAUGUCUUUCCAUGUCCCCCAGAUGCGUAUACAACAGGACCAAGUCCUCGGUCUAUUUUCUCCCCAGGUGGCAGAGAACAAGCCUGCAAUCCGUCGCCACAUGAACAAGAGCAGGCAUGGUUUUAUUAUCUCUCCGAGAUUGCACUCCGGCGCAUCGGAAAUCGCGUCUUAGAUUCUUUCUACAAGGAAGGAUUUCAAGCGUGGAUUGAUUUCAACGUCCCAUCCAUGAUGCAAGUCGCCAACGAGUUCCUCCGCCAACUGAACCAGUGGUACGAAUGUCUCCCAAGCCAGAUGCGCUUCGAUGACAGCCGACCCGGGGUGAUCCCAAACGAGGAGCUACCAUACUUGCUAUAUACCCGCUUGCAAGAGAUCCGGUCUUGGAUCUUCCGGCCGUUUCUGUACUUGGCCAUUCAUCUACCGUCCGACAAUAUUCACCUGUCGUCGUUAGGGGUAUUUGUGGAAGAAUCAUUGUAUUGCUCCACCAGACUUAUUGAGGGCAACUCUAUCUGCCAUCGCCACCAUGGGACGUGGUAUAUGCUUCGAUUGAGUGUCGCGUCUGCGCUUUCUCUUAUCGCGGCAGCCAGGAGAAACCUGGAGAUGUCGGGAUGGAGGGGAACCGUUGAACUAGCGGUGGAGAAUCUUCGAUAUUGGGAGAAUGGUGCUCCGGGGGAUAUUGUCAAAGCAAGAGUGAUUCUUGAGCAUCUCCUUUCUGGGUCUUGA